UGCCCGGGGCGGAGGGCACCGGCCGGGGGGAGAACCAGCGGCUGGCAGCCACCGUGCCGCAGCCGCUGCCACGGUUGUGGCCUCAGCGCCGGUGUCGCUCGGGGGUCCCCGCGGUUCCUCGCGGGGUACGGGGGGUCCCCAUCCCGUCGUGUCCUCGCCGGGUGUCGCUCGGUACCGCGGUGCGCUCCGCCCCGCCGGGAGCAGCCCCGGCUUCCUCGGUGACAUCCCCACGCUGCCACCAACGCUGCUUCUCAAACUUUUCUAACUCGGGAAUUACCGCUGAGCAGCCAUGGAGAAGAUGCAGCAGAUCGUGGGGCGGGCCAGGGCCGCCUUCCAGUCGGGCCGGAGCCGCCCGCUGGAGUUCAGGAUUCAGCAGCUGAAGGCCCUGGAGAGGAUGGUGCAGGAGAAGGAGAAGGAGAUCCUGGCAGCCCUCAAGGCGGAUCUGAACAAGUGUGGGCACAACGCCUAUAGCCAUGAAAUUCUGGGCGUGCUGGGGGAGCUGGCCCUCACCAUGGAGAAGCUGCCGUCCUGGGCAGCCCCUCAGCCCGUGAAGAAGAACCUGCUGACCAUGAGGGACGAGGCCUACAUCGGCUACGAGCCCCUGGGCGUGGUGCUGGUCAUCGGGGCCUGGAACUACCCCUUUGUGCUGGUCAUGCAGCCCCUGAUCGGGGCCAUCGCAGCAGGCAAUGCCGUGGUGGUGAAGCCGUCGGAGGUCAGCGAGAACACGGCUCGGCUGGUGGCUGAGCUCCUCCCACAGUACCUGGACAAGGAUCUGUAUGCUGUGGUCACUGGAGGAGUUCCUGAGACAACCGAGCUGCUGACCCAGAGAUUUGAUCACAUCCUCUACACUGGCAACACUGCAGUGGGCAAAAUUGUGAUGGCAGCAGCUGCCAAGCACCUGACCCCUGUCACCCUGGAGCUGGGGGGGAAGAGCCCCUGCUACAUCGACAAGGACUGUGACCUGGCUGUCGCCUGCAGGCGGAUAACAUGGGGCAAGUACAUGAACUGUGGGCAAACCUGCAUCGCCCCAGACUACAUCCUGUGUGACCCAUCCAUCCAGAGCAAGGUGGUGGAGAACAUCAAGGCGACUCUGAAGGAAUUCUAUGGGGAGGACGUGAAGUCGUCUCCGGACUAUGAAAGGAUCAUCAACCAGCGUCACUUCAGGAGGGUCAAGAGCCUGCUGGAAGGGCAGAAGAUUGCUCAUGGGGGAGAGACUGAUGAGGCCUCCUGCUUCAUAGCACCAACCAUCCUCACGGAUGUUUCCCCGGAGUCCAAGGUGAUGGAGGAGGAAAUCUUUGGGCCAGUGCUGCCCAUUGUGACUGUGAAGAGCGUGGAGGAAGCCAUUGAGUUCAUCAACCUUCGGGAGAAGCCCCUAGCCCUGUAUGUGUUCUCCAACAACAAGCAGUUAAUCAAGAGAGUCAUCUCGGAAACCUCCAGCGGUGGUGUGACUGGAAAUGAUGUCAUUAUGCAUUUCUUCCUCUCAACUUUGCCUUUUGGUGGUGUUGGUCACAGCGGGAUGGGCGCCUACCACGGCAAGCACAGCUUCGAGACCUUCUCCCACCGCCGCGCCUGCCUGAUCAAGGACCUGAAGAUGGAGAGCGCCAACAAAAUGCGGUACCCACCUGGCAGCCAGAAGAAGGUGGACUGGGCCAAGUUCUUCCUGCUGAAACGGUUUAACAAGGCCCGAAUUGGGCUCUUUGUCCUGGCCCUGCUGGGGGUUGUGGCAGCGGUGAUGAUUAAGAGCCACCAGUCUGUGCUGAAGAGAAAAGCCCUCUUGGUUGUGCUGGCUGUGCAGAGGCUGGGCUGGCCCAGUGGGUGGUAAGGAGGAGCAGGUUUCAGAGCACUGCUGUGGCUGUCACAGUGAGGUGAUUAACUGAUGAAGAGAGGAGAAGGCACCAUGUGCACGUCAUACUCUGGGUGCUUGCUUUGUGUCUGUUUCCUUAAGCUGGGAAGUCAUUGUUUUCUUUUGUUCUGGGUGAUUUCAGUGAGCUGUCGAGCACACAGAGUAGCCUUAGAGAGGCACUAACCACGAGAAGGCUCAGAUUCCUGUUUACUUAAAAGCCAUGCUGGAACAGAGGGACCAGUGGGGACAAGCUCUCCGAAGGAGGACUGCAGAGCAAGAAAUUCCAGUCCCUACCUCCACCCCAUGCCAUGCAGAGCUUCCAGGGACACAGAGUGUCCUGCACCAAACCACUCACCUUCCUUCAGUGACCAAAUUUCAGCAAUCCUUGGGUUGACAGUGUUUUCCCUGCAGUUUUUGGGAUGGUCUGAACACCCACCCUCUUGGUGACAAGCCUGAGACAGGCUGCCCGAUGCAUUUGGCCAAGCAUGGUGGCUGUGAAUAAACCCAGUGAGGUUCCCCUUGCCAUUUAAUUGAGGUGAAACAUUCUCACAUCUCUGCAAUCCAGAAUCAUCCACAGCUGGUCAGAGGCUGCUUGCUGGGUUCUGUGUUUCAUCAAGUGCCUUUAACAGUUAUUUAGCAGUUAGAAAAUUCCAAAGGUGAUGCCUGCGCUGCCUGUAUUGUGCUGAGUGUCUCAAGCUGGAGCAAAAGAACUUCCAGGCCCGUUCAGAGAAGUGGGAAUGACAAAUACCUUGUGGAUUAGCCCAGCCCCACACAGCCACUUGCUUUUUCCCUGUGGGAUGGGGAAGAGAAUUGGAAGAAAGUGAGAAAACUUGUAUGUUGAGAUAAAAGUAGUUCAAUAGGUGAAGUGAAGACUGGGCUUGCGGGCAGAUCAAAGCAAAUUAAGAAAUUUGUUCAUUAAUUCCCUUCAUCAGGCAGGUGUUCAGCCAUCCCCAGGAGAGCAGGGCAUCAUCAUACCUGGUGGUGACUUGGGAAGACAAAACACCAUAACUCCCCAUGUCACAAACCCAAAACAGCACCAUCCUUCUACAAAGAAACUCAGUGUCUAACACAAAAAUUAACUUCAUCCCAGCCAAAGCCAGUACAAAGCUGUUCCUGGUCAGAUUCCUCCAAGGGAAAACAAUUACUGGAAGAGUAAGUGUGUGCUCCUUCGUGUUCGAGCUUCUCAGGACUCUGUAAUCUUGCACUGGGGGAUAAUGUGGGGCUUGUUCUAGCUUGGGGGAAGGAUGCUGAAGGAGUUGAAGGUGAAAGAGCCUUAGAACUAUUAAUGUUAAAGCAAAUUGAAAAAUUAUUACUAAAUGCAAUUAAUACAGAGUAGAAAAUUACAUUUAUUGUGCAAUAAGUGGGAUUUCUUCAUGUCUGGUGAAAAUCCAUGUGCUAAGCCCUUUUGAUGAUACAUUUUGCAAGCCACUAAAUAAACACUGAUAAUUUAAAUAAUAAA